CUCAAGUCAAUCUGAAAGGUAUAGUCAUCCCUUUCUACAAGUAAAUUUGGAACGAAUACAGGAAUAUUUUAUUUAAACUUUUCAUUUCAAUAAGAAGCAAAAAUUAUAUUUAAAAAUGGAGUCGCAAGGUGUUCCCUUUUCCAAUGAUGUCCCGGAGACAAGUGUUGACGAUUCUUCGGACACUUACCUUACUCUCCAUUUCCCUGUGGCCGAUGUUUGCAAGGUCAUGUCUGAAAUCGGAGGACCAGUCCUGUUGAGCAAGUUGGUGGCCCACUUCGAGGGUAAGAUGGCAGUUGGAGUUAGGCACAAGGCGUCGAAGUUUGUAUGCCAGUCGCUCGUAGAGGGCCUUAAUCAAAAGAAAAUAGGAAAGCGAAAUGGAAAGUUCGUGCUUCCAGAGUUAUUCAAAGAGGAAGAGAGCGCGGAGGACAUACUGUACAUAGCUGAAGAACAACCAGCACCAACUUCAGGACAAGGGAAGAGCGAGCUCUCAAAGAUGUUUUCGAAAAUGUAUGAGGUUGAUCGCACUUACAAAAAGGGUCAAGAACGGAUUAAGAUGUACGAGUUCCUUAAGAAGGAAAUUAAGUUUGUCGAAGAACUGAUGGCCGCAUCUCCAGAAGAUCAUAGGAAAUUUUCCAUGGCACUGGAUUGGCUGAUUCGCAUGGAAGCAAGUGAGAAAGAAGAAGCUUUAGACGCUCAGAAAGUUUAUGACUCUAAUGGAAGAUUAGUCGCCGUAAAGGAAGAUGACGGCCGACUUGUUAAUCAGUUUGGGAUUUGGCCACUUGAAAAGUUCCGUUACAACCUAGUUGAGUGA